GCAACGGAGGCGGUCAAAGCAAGCACGUCGUGUGCUCGUUAAUACGGAUCCAAGUUCGGUCCUUCGAAGCUCAAAUAAAUCCUUAAAAAGUUUAACGGAACUUAAUGAAAUGAAAACAGUGAAAAGUGAAAAGAAAAUAUCCUUAAAAUAACAGAGUGAAAAAGAAAAGCCUUAAAAAUAAUAUUUGCAAAUUUGCUUAAUAGUACAUAAAACAGUGUCGAUCAGUGCAAUUGUUGAUAACAAAACAAAACUAAAACAUUAAAAACUUACUAAAAAAGAAUAUAGAAUUUCAAAAUGUAUUUACUCGCACUGACGAUCAUCGCUAUCUGCCUUUCGGAGGCAAUUCACGCGUACUCCAGUUCUCCGAUUGUCGUAAAUUAUAAUUAUUUUGACGUGGCCAAUUCGACCUUGCCCAAGACCACCUCUCAUCCGCCCACGAGUCCCCCCCUCGGUCGUUACUCCUUCAUUCAAAGCGAAUUCCAAUACGAGGACGAGCAGGCCCAUGACUAUGGGGAGUACGCCGAGGAUCAGAGACUGCAGUGGGACUACAACCACAAGCGCGUGGCACGUGAGCAGGCCGCCCAGCCGGUGCAGCCGCAGGGCCGCAGUCUCAAUGACGACCCCUGGGGGCAGGGUGACGAUAAUUACCUGCACUCCGAAGCCGACAACGAUGGGAGCGAGGCAUAUUUAUCGGAUCAACCGGUCGUCUUGUCGACAGCCUGGAGGGAGCGACGGGCAAACCCAAAUUCCAUCAAUGCCAUCAUUGUCAAGGAAAGGAAAUACAAUAGUACUUACAAUAAGGAGCUUAAGAAAAAGGUCCAACUCCAUCUGAAAUUUAUGGCAGAUGAGGGUAGCUGUAAAGUGCCAAAGCCAGAGGUGGUCCACAUCCCCCGGAAAACGGAUGCGUACUACUCCCCGCGUGCCACCAUUCUCCACCGAUGCAACGAUCGGGUCGGAUGCUGCGAGCCAGAAUUCGCCUGUCGGGCGAAGAGAAAUGAAACGGUGGAGCUGGUGUUCUCCAUGAUUGGCUACAGUUAUUCCGAGCCCAUAAUCAUCUUGAUGGAGAAUCACACGGAAUGCGGAUGUGUGAAGGAAGAAAACCGACGCAAACGGAGCACAUUCUGCCAAUGUCCCAAGCACUUCAAUGACUUCAGCCAGCUGAGAUCACUACCAGACACGCAAGAGGUGCCGCACUUUUCGGAGGAGCGCUGUCGAUGCGACUGUCACCUCAGCGACACCACUUGCCAGCGGCUGAAGAACGGCGAGGAGGGAUUUUCGGUGAUAGAGCGACUCCGCAUUCAAAAGGGCGAAAACAGUCCGCCGUUCUGCAGUUACGGCCCUUACGACAUGAAGAACGGCCGUUGUCCGCGUCCUGAGAAAGCCAAAAAACGGAAUCUGCAACGGAGUCUCCAGUCGAGGCGACAGCAUGUGAAGAGCUAAACCAAAACCCCAUCUAAAAUAUCAAAUCCCGAACUAAACUAAAAACUAAAAACUAUUUUUACACUACAACUAUUUAAUGAUAAGCAUGCGCCACUGAACAAAUUAAAUCCAGUAGUGAUUUUUUUGAUUGACAGAUAGACUUUCCCGAUGAUCCACUUCAGGGGAACUUAGUCGUUAGUCCAUAUGCUUAGUCGUUAGUAUUAUGAGCUAUAAUAUUUAAAGAGCUCUUCCUAGAGCUGAAGACAAAAUCGAAAUACAAAACAAAAACCAUUUCAAGCAAUAAUGUUGCAGCAGAUAGUAAUUAAUGCUGAAAGUAAGAUGCCAGUGAAAAAGAAAGAAACUAAAAUACAUCAUACAUAGAGUCCCAAGUUUCGAUCAGAAGUAUUGUCAAUCAACAUUCGAGUGUACUUAAAUUAUCGUCGAUUAAGUUCACCUCCUAAGCUACUUAUGUAAUAUAUUUGUAUACAAUUAAACGAUACUUCUAGUCACAA